AGGCAGGGGUGGACUGACCAUUUGGAAACUCGGCACUGCCCGAGGGCCCGGGGUCAGUAGGGGGCCCUAUGAGAUGCCCCUGGUACCUUUUUCAUAGACUUUUUUGUGUUUGGGCAAGGACACAGGGGCCCCAUGAUCCCCUAUUGCCCGGUGACCCCAUGAGUUGUCAGUCCGCCCCUGGUAGGAGGUAUACCUAAAAGGCAUGUUUUGAUUGCAGUGAAAGUACAUGAAUUUUGCCUCUUGCAAUCCCUAUACAGCAGAGUUGGAGUGUGACAGGAAGAA